CUCCCGUUCGUAAGCUCGAUGGCGGUGGAGAUGGCGCAGGAGAUGGGAGUGGUGGGCGGGACGGCGGACCAUGUGGUUCGGGUGGGGUCGGCUGAUGUCGGGGUUCACUUGACGUGGCAGGAUCUGUGGGUGACCGCAUCCAACGGUAAGGAUGCGUCGCACGUCAUCCUUUCCGGCAUAACCGGCUACGCCCAGCCCGGCGCCGUCUUGGCCAUCAUGGGCCCCUCCGGCUGCGGCAAGACGACCCUACUUAACGCUUUAGCAGGGAGGCUCGGCGCAAGAACGAAGCAAUCCGGCCACAUUUUGGUGAAUGGCCGACGACAGCGACUGUCUUUUGGGAACUCGGCCUACGUGACACAAGACGACAUCCUGAUGACCACGCUCACAGUAAGAGAAGCGGUGUACUACUCGGCGGAGCUGCAGCUCCCCAAGACCAUGACCAGGUCGGAGAAGAGGGAGAGAGCAGAGACGACCAUCAGGGACAUGGGUCUGCAGGCAGCCAUGGACGCCAGGAUCGGAGGCAACUUCUCGUCCACAGGGAUCAGCGGUGGGCAGAAGAGACGAGUGAGCAUAUGUAUUCAGAUCUUGACCCACCCCAAGCUCCUCUUCUUGGACGAACCCACGAGCGGCCUCGACAGCGCGGCGUCGUACCAUGUCAUGAGCCGCAUCGUCAACCUUGCCAAGCAUGACGGCCGGACCGUGCUCGCGUCAAUUCAUCAACCUGGCAGUGAUGUCUUCGAGCUGUUCGACGAUUUGUGCCUUUUGUCUGAUGGUAAAACAGUAUACUUUGGACCGACUUCGGGAACCAACGAGUUCUUUGCUCUGAAUGGUUUUGCAUGCCCGACCUUCAUAAACCCAUCCGACCACUUCCUUAGAACAAUAAACAAGGACUUCGACGAGGAACGGGAAGAAGGCUCCAGUGCCGGCUUGAUGAAUGCCACGAAGGCGAUCGAUGUGCUGACAACCGCAUACAAGCAGUACAAGACAUGCCAAUACGUGGAGCGACGAGUAGCUGAGAUCUGUAACAUGGAUAGGGAUCUUGUAGAGAACAGAGCGCAAGUCAGUUUCUUCACCCAGGUGCUUGUUCUCACAAAGAGAUCCUUGGUAAACAUGCACAGGGAUUUGGGUUACUACUGGCUUCGGCUUGCAGUAUACCUCAUGUUGGGUAUAUGCAUUGGUACUCUAUUCCACGAUAUUGGACACAGUUAUGGGUCAAUUCAGGCCAGAGGUUCCGUGCUCAUGUUUGUUGGAGGCUUUCUCACUUUCAUGGCGAUCGGAGGAUUUCCUUCCUUUGUGGAAGAUAUGAAGAUCUUUGGAGCGGAAAGACUAAAUGGACACUACGGCGUCGCUGCGUUCAUGAUCAGCAACACGCUAUCCUCGGCGCCAUUUCUGGCUCUCGUCUCGUUGAUUCCGGCGGCCUCCGGUUACUUCCUGAUCGGCCUCCAGAGAGGGUUUGAUCACUUCCUCUUCUUCUGCCUGGUGCUCUUCGCGUCCAUGAUGGUGGUGGAAGGACUGAUGAUGAUCGUAGCAAGCGUCGUGCCCAACUAUCUCAUGGGCAUCAUCUCCGGUGCCGGAAUCCAAGGAUUGAUGAUGCUAUCAGGUGGCUUCUUCCGGUUGCCCGGCGACCUGCCGAAGCCAGUGUGGAAGUACCCAAUGUACUAUAUUUCCUUCCACAAGUAUGCCAACCAAGGGUACUACAAGAACGAGUUCGCAGGGCUGACCUUCCCCAGCAACCAAGCAGGUGGAGCAGCCACCAUCACCGGGGAGGAGGUUGUGAAGGAUUACUGGCAGAUGGAGGUGGGAUAUUCCAAGUGGGUCGAUCUUGCCAUACUGUUUGCCAUGGUGAUUAUUUACAGGCUCUUGUUCUUGGUGGUCGUGAAGAUGACCGAGAAGGUGAAGCCACUGCUGGUGGAGUUGCUGAAUGCGCCACCCAAGAGGACCAUGCAGGUCGUGGGACAGCCUCUUGAAGAUUAAGCAGAGCCAAAGCAUCGAUGAUAUCAGCUCUAUCCAUUAUCACUGAUGUUUAUGGCACUGUAGGGUUUGUGUUUGUGUACUCUUUAGCACUGUAUGGUUUUUGUACGUUUGAUGGAUAAGCAUCGAUGUUUAUGGAUUGUGUACGCUUAUGUGUUUACGCUAAAAUUUUAUAUUA